AAACUCACCGAUGAGGAGGAACAACGUGCCUGGUUCAAAUCCGAGCUCGCUAAAGCAGAGGUUCGGCGUGAUCUGGAGAAGAUAACUUCACCGCUCUGUUUUAGCGUCAAAUUUGGCUCCAUUAUUGAUCACCAGUGCACCGUGAAGCGCUCCAAAAAGCGCCCAUUGUGGAUCGUCUGGACAAAUCCGGACACUCUGGCCGCUCACCACCACAAAAAACAUCAACUGCUGUUCAAGCACGGUGAUGACCUGCGUCAGGACAUGCUAACCCUGCAGUUGCUUAAGGUGAUGGACCGAAUCUGGAAGGAUGAAGGCUUGAAUCUGCACCUAACAACCUACGGUUGUCUAGCCACCGGUGACGAAGUGGGCCUCAUCGAGGUGGUGCGCAACUCCCAGACCAUCAUGUCCAUCCAGGGCCAACGCGUGCGUUCCGCCAUGCAGAUCGACUCCAGCCAACUGCAU